CCUUUGUCCUCUGCUCAUGUGACUGCGAGUCACACGGUCACUCACUGAAGGAGGUGUCGUCCAUCUGUACUCUGAGCAGACGGACAGAUAGGUUUGGACCACUGCAACAGUGAAAAUAUGAAUGCAGCUGAAAGUCUUAAUCGCAUUAAGGAGGAAUAUAAAAAGGCAUUUACCUUUGUUAAUAAAGGGCUCACCGCAGAUGAAUAUGGUCAAAAAGAAGUUGCAAAGCAGUAUUACAGGCAAGGAGAGAGGCACUUAAUUGAAGGAUUGAAUAUUCCUUCAAAUAGUCCAGAAUGUACAGGUCCCCAGUGGGACGUAGCCCGUCAAAUGCAGAAUAAGAUGUGUGCAACAUUAAAUAAUAUACAGAUAAGAUUAUCUAUUUUGGAGCAUGAAGACAAUUCAACGGUAUCUAAUCAAACAAACCAAUUUUCUGAAACUUCAGGACCUGAUAACUCAAAAGCAGAGUCAAGACUGUAUCCAGUUGUACCAAUACCCUGUGAAGAGAAAUCUUCAAUGUUGUCAAACACUCAAUCUUCUGCCAUGAAUGUGAAACCAACUAACAAUGGAAGCUCCUUGAACAUAGCAGCUAGUUUGUCAGCAGAUGUUCCGUGUGCAUUGAAUGAGCUGCCCCCAGUAUAUACGCCUGAGGCCGCGGAAGGACACAAGACCAUUUCCUAUGGAACUGAAUCUGGCGAGUUUGCUGUUGUUGGUGGUAAUGCUAUUGGGCAAAGGACCUAUCCUCCUCCAUUGGAAUCACUUGGUAUAGAUGCAAAUGAGCUCAUUUUAAUUGAGCAAGGAGUGCAGAUAUUCUAUGUAACACCUGAUGGGCAAGUGAGUGCACCCUCCUACCCUGGAUAUCUCCGCAUUGUGUCAUUUUCUGAUUCGGAUGCUGAUACAGCACAAAACCAGCCACCUUCCUUUCUGCAGGUUUGUGAUUGGGUGUACCCACUUAUACCUAGCCAGUCUCCUGUACUGCAGUGUCACAAUGGAGUCUACAUGUUUCCUGAUAUAAUGUCACAAGAUCCUGGUGUUUAUGUUGGAGUAGUGCUGUCCUCUGAGCUUCCACAAUCAGACAGAGAACACUUUGAAGACCUGCUGAGACAAAUGACUUAUCUAAAGGUUCAGGAUCCAGAAGCUUCAUCUGGAGAACUUAAUUUGAGCCAGACCGUUCCAAUUUGCCGUGAACCACAAGUUAAUAACCAGGAGUCCAUACCAGAGUGGAGUGGAAAAAUGGCCCGUGGAAUCCUAACGGGGGCCUCUUGGUUGAGCUGGGGUUUGGUUAAGGGAGCUGAAUUCACUGGUAAAGCAAUCCAGAAAGGAGCUUCUAAACUGAGGACGCACAUUCAGCCUGAAGAUAAGCCUGUAAAAAUAAGUCCAACAGUGGAAAAAGGACUCAGUGUUGCAAGACAAGCGACAGGAAGCGCUGUAAAAGUCAGCCAGUUCUUGGUGGAUGGACUUUGUGCUGUUGCUAGUACUGUUGGAAGAGAGCUGGCUCCACAUGUAAAGAAACAUGGAAGUAAACUGAUUCCAGAAGCUAUAAAGAAAGAUGAUAAUACAAAAGCCAAUCUAGAUGGAGCCCUGGUGGUGGCAGCAAGUGGAGUUCAAGGAUUUGCCACUGUUUGGAAUGGUUUAGAGUGUGCAGCAAAGUGCAUAGCCAAGAAUGUUGCGUCAGAGACAGUCCACACAGUGAAACAUAAAUAACAAGUUACAUUUCAAAAACGAAUUAAAUUGCUUCAAGCAUCUUAAUUCACUUGAUAUUAAUUGCUUUAAAUCAGCUUUCCCCUUUCUGACAAUGCAUUAUGAUUUUUUUUUGUGAAUCGUUUAGGUGUGCUCGUGCUGACUGACUUAUUUUCUCCAGUGUCCUACUGAUUUAGUUCUCUUUCCUCUGAUCCUGUAUUCUGUGGGGAAUUAGUCUACCCACAUAGGAGAUAAUCUAAUAAUUUGUCAAAUUUAGUAAUGAAAAGUAGAAUCCCCAUUUAACAUUAACCUAAUUUACGUUGCCAAUGAUAUAAACUGGUAUUUAAUGUAUUUCUAAAAUUUGGUCCCUUUUACCAUCGUUGGUACAUCACUUCCUCAAGUUUAGAUGAGGGUUAAUCAAAUAUCUUAAAUGGUUAUUCAACUGCUUUAGUGUUGUUGCUCCAGAUCUGAUUAUUGUCAACUUAAAAACCUCACCAGCACAAAGAUUUUCAUUGUGGCUGAUGGCUCACACUGAUGUGUGAUUUAUAUUUCAGAAUAAUCCCAGAAUUCAUCCCUGGGCUGUGCUACCUAAUCUCAGCUAGAAGGACAUAGUGAUGCCAACGUUGCUAUUUCUUGUCAAGGAGAAACAGCCUCUUCCCUUGACGUGUCAUAAUAUGCAGUGUCCCCUUAUGUUCUAUGUGGCAAAGGCAGAGAACUGAAGUCUGUUGCCACCAAGGUUCAAGCCGAUGAGGAAGUUGGAGUGGGAGGGAAAUAAUCCGGUUCUCAUGUCCACAUAGGUACCAAGACUAAGGAGGAGGUCCUGUCGAGGAAAUGUAAACUACUCUGGGUUAAAAUGCAGAAACCACAAAGGACAUAGUCUCUAGACUAAUACCUGAGCCACAUGCAAUUGAUGUAUGGUAAAUAAGAUUAGAGAAAUAAUGCCUGGCUCAAAGACUGGUGUGGGAGAAAUAGGAUCCAAUUCAUAGGGCACUGGCACCCAUACUAGAGAAUGAGCUGUUCCAUUGGGAUGGGCUUACAUUGAACUAUGUUGGGACAGUAUUCUAGUGAAUUGUGUAACAAGUGUUAUAAAUGGGGCUUCAAACUAACUAAUGAGGGGUCUGGUGGGGAGGACUCAAUUAAGGGGAACUCUUUUGAAUUUUUGUUGUUAAAGAAUAGAUGAGAGGGCAUAAGUGUGUCUUCACUACCCUGCAAUCAAAUCUAAAUGUGACAGGAAGGUGUAGAAAAUAUAAGCAGGAAAGUGCAGCAGAAAUUAAAACCAAAGUUGGUAAGACUCUAAUUGGAUGCAUAUAAUAUUUGCAAACAGAAAAUGAGUUGAUGACACAGAAAUAUAUGAACAUGACUUUACAGCUAUUACAGACAUGUGGUUGCAUGGUGAUCAGGAUUAGUACCCAACAUUCAAGGAUAUUUGAUAUUGUGGAGGAAUGGAGAAUAAAAGAAAGAUGGGAUACUAUUGUUAACAUGAAAUGUUUCAAUGCAGUGGUGAGUAGUAAUGUAGGUGUAAUAAAUUGUGAUAAGAGAAUAAUCUAAGUGGAGAUGAGAAAGGGCAAAGAGAAAGAAAUCAUGGUGGUAUAUAGGCCUCAAGAGUUGUCUCACUGGUACAAAGAAUUUCUUGAGGAUAACAAAUGUCUGGAAUUCUCUACCCUAGUGUGGAAGAUAAGAUUCAUACAACACAGAAACAGACCCUUCACAUCAAUGAAAGUAUUACAAGAGAAAAUAGAUAAGCUUUGAAAUAUUGGAGUUGAGGGUUGUAAGGAGCUGGCACAAUAGUAAUCGAGGCCAGAGAUCUUAUGGAAUGGUAAGGCAGGAUUAGAGGAAUGAAUGUCCUUCUCCUGUUUCUUGUUUUUUUGUUCUUGCAGCUCUCACUUAAAGGGUCCCAGCCUCUAAUCAAAACCUGAUCCUUAUCUCUUCUCUCUAGCUAACUGUGCUAAUUCUAUAUAUUUUAAUACAGUCAAAUUUGGUCCUUGUAUUGUGAUUAUGUUAAUUGACUUGUAAUAUGCAGAUGCAUUCAAAUUUAUCUGUGAUCAACUUCCAGAAAGGACUGGCAUGUAGGAAAGAGAAUCUUUUUAAAAUUUGGAUAAAAUUAAUUGUGUAAAGUGCACAGCAUGUUAGCAUGGCAAAAAUCUGGCAUUUUUUCUGGUUGCUUUGCUUUCUGAAAUUAUCAA